GGAGGAGGGAGAGCGGAAGGUCAGGGCGCCGCGGAGCGGAAGUAGGAUCCGGAGCGCGUCCGCCAUUGUGGGAAAGCGGAGCCCGGAGCAGGGGAGGGAAGCCGAGCUGUGUCCAGCUGGUUGCUUUCGGAGGCGCCGACCAGACUAGAAGUGCCCGGGCUGCGGAGACAGUCAGGCGGCGGCGGGGAGAGCGGCGGCGGUGGGGAAUUGAGGAAGAGCGGGAGGAGGAGGCCCAAGCGGAGCGGGGUGAGGGGAUUGCGGCUCCCCGUGAAGAAUGUCAGCCACCAGCGUCGACCAGAGACCUAAAGGACAGGGAAAUAAAGGAAAGAUCUCUAACCAGCAGUUCAGCUACUCCCCUACUCUGGUUCUCUUCUCCCCCCCCAUCCUGUGCUUGAAGGCUUGUAUUUUAGUUUCAGUGCAAAACGGUUCGAUUCAUCAAAAGGAUGCAGUAAAUGAUGAUGAUUUUGAGCCAUAUCUAAGUAGCCAGACAAAUCAGAAUAAUAGCUAUCCACCAAUGUCAGACCCAUACAUGCCUAGUUAUUAUGCUCCAUCCAUUGGAUUUCCGUACUCACUGGGUGAAGCGGCAUGGUCCACAGCAGGAGAUCCUCCAAUGCCAUACUUGACAACUUACGGACAGAUGAGCAAUGGUGAACACCACUACAUCCCUGAUGGUGUCUUUAGUCAACCUGGGGCUUUAGGAAACACCCCUCCAUUCCUUGGUCAGCAUGGAUUUAAUUUUUUCCCUGGGAAUGCAGAUUUCUCAACAUGGGGGACAAGUGGAUCUCAGGGACAAUCGACUCAAAGCUCUGCUUACAGCAGCAGCUAUGGCUACCCACCUAGCUCUCUUGGUAGAGCAAUAGCCGAUGGACAGGCUGGAUUUGGCAAUGAUACAUUGAACAAGGUGCCUGGUAUUAGCAGCAUUGAGCAAGGCAUGACUGGACUGAAAAUUGGCGGUGAUAUGACAGUCGCUGUGACGAAAACAGUUGGUUCCGCUCUGAGUAGUACAGGUAUGACAAGCAUUGCAGCAAAUAGUGUGCCUGCGGUUAGCAGUUCAGCACCUAAACCAACCUCAUGGGCUGCCAUUGCUAGGAAGCCUGCUAAGCCUCAGCCAAAACUUAAGCCUAAAGGUAAUGUGGGAAUUGGGGGCCCUGCGGUACCACCACCCCCUAUAAAACACAACAUGAAUAUUGGAACUUGGGAUGACAAAGGGUCUGUGGUAAAAGCUCCCCCAACCCAACCAGUACUGCCUCCUCAGACUAUAAUGCAGCAGCCUCAGCCAUUAAUUCAGCCUCCUCCAAUGGUGCAAAGCCAACUGCCUCAGCAGCAGCCUCCGCCUCCGCCGCCACAAGGACCUCAGCAACAGGCUCAGCCUCAUCAGCUGCAGCAGCAGCAGCAACAGCUGCAAAAUCGCUGGGUGGCUCCUCGCAAUAGGGGUGUAGGCUUCAAUCAGAGCAAUGGAGCCGGCAAUGAAAACUAUGGUAUAGGUGUUAUACCAGUUAGCUCUUCACCUUCUGGUGUAGAAGUGCACCCAGUAUUGGAGAAACUAAAGGCCAUAAAUAACUAUAAUCCCAAAGACUUUGAUUGGAAUCUGAAGAAUGGUCGUGUGUUUAUCAUCAAAAGCUAUUCAGAGGAUGAUAUACACCGCUCCAUUAAGUAUUCUAUCUGGUGUAGUACUGAGCAUGGUAAUAAGCGCUUGGAUGCUGCCUACCGUUCACUGAAUGGAAAAGGCCCACUCUAUUUACUUUUCAGUGUGAAUGGCAGUGGACACUUCUGCGGAGUAGCCGAGAUGAAGUCUGUGGUGGACUACAAUGCAUAUGCUGGAGUCUGGUCUCAGGAUAAAUGGAAGGGGAAGUUUGAUGUUAAGUGGAUCUUUGUUAAAGACGUUCCAAACAACCAGCUGCGGCACAUUCGCUUGGAAAACAAUGACAACAAACCAGUUACCAACUCGAGGGACACUCAAGAAGUACCCCUAGAAAAAGCCAAGCAAGUGCUUAAAAUAAUUGCUACUUUCAAGCAUACCACCUCAAUCUUUGAUGACUUUGCACAUUAUGAAAAGCGUCAAGAGGAGGAGGAAGCCAUGCGUAGGGAGAGGAAUAGAAACAAACAAUAACUAUUUGCCGAUGGUCCUGCUAGAAUUACAACACUAAUGAUAUGGACUCUGGAAAUGCCUAAUAUGUCUAAGAAGAAGUUCUUAAAGCUUUGUUCCUGCUUAAGGUGACAUCUUUGAACACUUUAACACAAAAUUGACUCUUCUUGUAAUGGUUCUCAUCAGUGCAUCUGCCCUUAUACUCUCUCACCAAACACACUUGAGAACUGUAACUUCGUCAAGCACUUUCUGUCCUGAAGCUUUUACCAGUAUCUGCUGUCUUUUGUAAUUAUGCAUCCUAGCUAAGGCACAGGAGAUGGAACGAAUGCAAGGAUUCAUUAACUCUUUGAAUUUGUUAAAUACUAACAAUUAACCAUCAUAAGUGGUUUGAUGAUGUGAGAUUCACAUUGCUUCAACUUAUUUUUCUUUGAUGUAGUUUUUUAAUUGUCAGUUUUUAGCUAUUCAACAGAAUUUAAAGCAAAAUCAUGCCAUAUUUAGUCCUGGAGUAAAACUCAAGUCUAAAUGUUCAUGUGAAAAUUAUUGUAGUAAACUUUUAAUAUGGCAAAGCAACUUUGAGCUGCAGUUUAGCCAAAUGAAUUAUAACAUGAAAUUAUAUUAGAAUGACAUUUCCCUUGUUUCAAACUGUUUGGUGUAGAGAAUAUUAAUAUAUGCAGCUUGGUGGGCCGCACCAAUUAAUGCACAUUUCCUUUUUUUUUUCUGUAACAUGUAUACCGAAAAAAGUGCAUUUGUCUGAGGAACUGUUUGUUUGCUACCACUCAAUCUCAGUUUUGAGUACAUGUACCUCAGUCUAAAUCAGACUUUUUAUGACCUUUAUAACUAUACUUAAAAUCUUUAAUUCCUAUUUCUGGGUGUUUGCAAGCCUGAAAAGAUUGCUAUCAUGGAAGUGAAAAUUUACUCCUCUAGAUGAUUCACUAGCUAAAUAAACAUAAUUCUUGUUUUAGCAAGCAUAUACUCUGUUUCUCAAAUUUUGUUUGUUCCCAGCUCUGAAUAUUAUAGUCUGAUAUUCUUUCAAUUCAAAAUACUUUGGGAAAUAAACGUUUAUCCAUGGUU